AUGAUUGGCACCGUUAGAAAGAGUGGACUCUACAACCGCAAGGAUGGUGGAAGGGCCUUCCGCCUUCUCAGGACAAAGUACAGGCUCAAUGUCGAUCACAGUUUUUAUGAAGACGGUGUCACCCAACACUUUGCCUACCGCACUGCAGGGCACCACAUCGACUUCUCCCUCAAAGUCCCGGAUCGCAUCGGUUUUGAUGUGAUCCUUCCUCCCCCUUCCAUUAAUGUGAAUACCACCUGGUGCUUCCACCUCAACUUGUUGGGAUCUUCCCGUCCAUUUCUCAACCACAGGGGUGACCUUGGCUUUGACCCCACAGGCAGGAUGCUCUUCAUCGGUACACAGGAUCAUGACAACAUCUUUCUUGCCAUGGCACCUCGCUCAUUCCUAGAUAAUGAUAACGAUCCAAUUGCACUGGGUACCCAAUCCGAGCGCACCCAGAUGACUCCCGCACAUGUCCGUAUGGCCACUUGCAUAAUUCUCUGGGCAAUGGGCCGUAUCCCCAACAGGAGCUACUCCACACAUGACAACUACUACAUAGAUUUGUCCGGGAGGCUUGACCAAUACAAGGCCAUCACAGAUUGGGUCUCACAGCAAUCGUCAAAAGCGAUGUUAAAUCUCUCCAGUGUCCGGUCUAUGCAUGACACGAUGGUUCAACGAUAUGAAUCACACUUCUUCGAGAAUGCACCUGAGACAUGGCAUCACGAUCCUUGGUUCAAGGAAUCCAUACCGUUGAUUGUCUCGAUGAAAUAUGGUCAAGACCUACUGCUUGACACAAGUGAUGUCAACUUGGAGCGAACCAUCACUACCUUUGGCCAAAACUAUUCUUUCGAGCACAUAUCACGUUGGAGCUUUGCCAUUGCCACCCACUUGCGUGCCGUUGCUGUUGCUAAGACAGUCAAUGUGGACCCUGCAACUAUCCUAGAAGAGCAUGACGAGGUUUAUGAUGAAAAUAAUGAACCAAUCACUGAUCUCGCCAAUCUGCCGUACCAGGACAUAGAUGGAAAUGACGUUAACAUCUAUGACUCAGAGAAAAAUAGGAUUGAACGUAGAGUCCAAUUUUUCAGUGCAACAGCUGCACCAGGGGGCCCUCUCUUCCAGUUACACGAUGCCCCAACGAUGUUUGACCACUUCCAUUAUGGCGACCGGACUGGAAAUGUGUCCAUCUCUGUCUACCCACAAGCAUUCAUGACACGCUUUGGGCAUGUGCAAGCAAACACCGUCCUCCCUGAAUUCCACAGGGCUGCACAGGGAAUCAACAGUGAAUUGCUUUCUCGAACAAGGCAAAGACAAAGCCACGACCCCAUUGGAGAAGACAGUGAUGAUGACAAUAACGAUAGUGACUAUGCACCCUCAAACCGAGAAUCUGAUGAUGACCAACUGCUUGGUGGUGACGAACUUGACACCCAGGAGGUUGAGGACCUCCUUCAUCAGCAUGCUGUGGAGCCCCUAAAGGGUGUGUUUUUCCAGGGAUACAAUGAGUUGCAACAUCGGAUUGCACGGAGGUCAGGAGCAGCUGAAACCAUGCAUGGAGCCAUAACUGCUGCUCUUGCUGGACAAUAUGCCCAACCGACAGAACGCACAAAGGCUGAAGAGAUGUCCUCCUAUGUGGAGCGGGGGAUGCCAUUUGACCGAAUGAAGCAUAAACUCACAUCCAAUGAUCCUGACUUGCGACCACCAACUGAUCUCCGACUGGAGAAUUAUUGGACCAUCAACUUUUCUGGAAUUGCACAGGAGAAACGGACUGGAAGAGCUGUUUUCGAGAAGAUUCUCACCCCCCUUGUGGACACAUGGGUUGAUCCGGAAUUGGUAGACAAACUCAGGCGCAAUUUGGUCAUCUUCAAACCUGAGGUCCUUCAGCGGACAUAUCUUUGGACCACAUACCCUCUCUUCUGGGCCAUAGAUCACAUCUACCAAUCUGAAGUCCGACGCAAGAGAGAGGGACGUCCAGCAAACUUGCUGCUGCGAGAGCUGCUUUCAGCACUGGAACGAGCUGGUAGCUUUGGGUUCUGUGGUGCAGGAAGGGUGCUGUCCACAUAUGUGAUGGACCCUCUUUUGCUUUCUGUCGGAAUCAAGGAAACUGGAUUCCCAUGUCUGAGUGACAUGGUGGGGAUCCACCUUGAACGAAUGGAAAAGAUUGAUGUCGAUGCAUCCAGAUGGCCGAAAGAUGCUGCAGGAGUCCCACGCUUCGCAUCAAAGCGUGUUGUUCUGUACAACUACUCUCAGGCCACAUAUGAUGUGAGUGACCGAGAUGACCGACGUCGCCUCAAUAUCCAAGCUGAUGCACUCAAGGAACUCUUGUCCAGGGCACACCCCUUUGACAAUUCUAAAGUGGCCACAGAGUGCCAGAUUCUCACACUUGCUACCUCCUCUCAAGCCAUACACUCAAUUUUGAAGAACCUGCCCCGCAUUGAUGUCUAUGAAUGGGUCCGUGGCUUGUAUGCAAUGGUCACACCGCCUGACCUUGUUCAAAAAUCAUCAUCAACAAGGAAGGGCCUUGGAGCACCCUUCUUUCGACAAGGGUCUGCUGCGGAAGUCUGCACUCAAGUCUUCCAGGCAUUGCGAGACCUUUGCCCACACACAUCAUCCUCACAAGGGCAACAGGAGUUCUGCAUUGAGGCUGUUGUCUUUCAGAUGGAUUCAAGACGGAUGUAUCGAUAUCCACAUUCCACCAUGUUUCCCACAGGGAGGUCGAGUCAAUGGGCACAGUAUGAUUCAUGGGUGGACUUGAUAUACCCCAGCAGGAAUGCAAGACGACCUGAUCUGGGAACCAUGUCUGAUCCAGAUCGCCUUGCAGCCUCCAUUGCCAGCACCCAGAUUACAGAGGGAAACCCACAGGCAUCAUGGAACUGGAUUGAUGCAAGGCUUGGUGACCUUACAUGGGUCAUCAAACGUUCUCGACUUCCACUUGACUGGAUCCAGCAAGACAUCUUGAAGGACCCGAUGUCUCAGGAGCUCACGAAUUGGGUCACCGAGAGCUAUGAUAUGUCGGAUGCAAGAUUCCACAUCAGCCUCAUUGCUGCGUUCAUCCUCACUGCAUGGGCUCCCUUCCAUCGGGUCAAACACAAUGAAGAGAAGAUUCCAGCGGAACGGGCAAAGGGUGCAAACAUGGUUGAAUAUGCCAACAGCCUUGUAUGGGAUCGUGAAUAUGGGAAGACUCAAUCAGGGUGGAAAGCAAAGCCACCACUCUUCCACCUCUGGUUGAUAUACAUUUGCGGUAUUUUGGUGGAGGACAGUCCUUGGUGGCGGAGACACGAACAGAAGGCCCGAACUCAGUCCAUCAAACUGGCCUCCCGUACUGCUGAGCAAGGAAAAAAUGCAGAGGUGAUGACCAUGUUCAACACCAAGCUCCAGAGGAAAGGGGUCACCAUUGCUGUCCUUGCCCGACUCCACCUGGUAGAGGCCUGCAAACCUAAUGCAUUCAAGCCUGGAAGUCGCUAUCAGAUGGACUGGAGGCGCCAUCCGAAGGAGGUAUUGGAGUCUAGGCUUGCGACCAUUUCCAAGCACCUAGCCCAACCUCCACACAUGUGCCCUGUGUUCUGUGCAGUGCGAUAUUUCUUGGGUGAUGAGUGCCGUUCCCUUCACAUUGUGGAGUCUUUCCGAGUACCACCCAUGAAGGAGCGAGUGCCCUCCACUUCUUUGGCACACAAAGCUUCAGAGGCAUCCCUCCGUGCUGAUUCUGAGUCAUCAGAAGAUGAAGCAGAGAAUCCUGGGCUGAGUGCGCGUCCUAGGAAACGUUGCCGGGUUCUGUAA